UCGAAACUGUCUUGUUUCACAGAUUCAGGGGCCCGUUUUACAAAAGGUCGUAAGUCUUAAAAUUAGUCGUAAGACAUAACUUAAGAUGUGAGACCGUUUUACAAAGAUUUAGGAUUUACGAGUUACGAUGAAAUUCGGCCUUAAGUCUACGACCGCCCGGGGGCGACCCAAUGUCCCAAGUUUUGUCGUAAGUGCUCCAUAAAAUCUUUGUUACUAUGGUUAUUAAAAUAAUUCAACAUGGCUGCAUUUCUAAUGUUUAAUGUUAUGAAUGAGACUCAUAAAAAUACGUGCGCUGCGGGUGUUUCGCGAUAGAAAUAAUCCGUUGGACUACCACAACCCCAACGUUAUUUUCAUCAACUGAAGUAUUUAAAAAUGUCAAUAGAUACCAAAUUUAGCGCCCUAUACGCUGCUUCACUGCUCUGAUUGAACGGACUAACCUCGGACUCAUGCUACAAUUGGAAACACUCAACUGCUAAAUCUUCUUAACAAUGUCACUAUGCGUCAAACCAUACUUAAUUUAGCUGCUGAAUCGGAGAGAAAUUUUUGCUUGGUUUUCUCUUCAUAUGUACCAAAUCUGUACUCGAGACCUAUUUCUUUGCUCUAUGGUUAUGGUUAACCAGAAAAGCUGGACCUUUUUAACGUUAGACACUGAUUAUUGGUCCUCAUGCUUUUAAUUCCUUAGAACAUGGAGAGAAUCAGGUGUAGACAGUAUAAAUAAUUCUACCCUUUAUAGUUACCUCAGUCAUGAAGCCCUACCGCCAACUAACCAGCCUCUGCAGCGCCCUCUGUUUUCUAUGGUCUGGUGAGUAUUGUGUAUAUGAAUUCCAUGAAAUAUUUUGCUGUAAAUUAUUUAAGAAUAGUAUCUGAUAUAAAGCCAAAGUUAGGUAAUGUUCCAUGUAUUUGUAGUACGGAGAAAUUCGCGAAUUUAAAUGUUCUUCUACAAGAGAGGAUGAACCGUUCAACCACGAAAUCAAUACCCACCAAAAAUGAAUAUUUUCUGAAUUCACGGGAAAAAAAACCCAUUACUAGUGAUUAACCCAAUUUUCUGAAAGAGGCAGUAGCUACUCAAGUCAUAUUUGCCGAUUGUUACCAAACUGCGUAAAACAACUUUGUAGUACAUAAAAAUCACCUGAUAUAUUAAAAUUCAUUAUUAUUUUUUUCAAGUAUUUGUAGUAAUUUUGACAUAAAAAUUCUGUUGUUUAUUUAGAAACAAGGGCUGAAACAUUAUUUUAUGGAAGUUACCAAUUCAUUGUGGAGAAAUUUUACAUAGUUUUCAUAAAAUUAUGUUGUUGUUUUUUGUUUGUUUGUUUGUUUUUUUUUUUGUUUUUUGUUUUUUUUUUGGUUUUUUUUCACGCUUUCGAUUUAUAUUUUUCUUCAUUUUCUACCUAUUCCAGCAUUUCAAAAUCACGGUUUGGAAUUUGAAAAGUUUUUAUACGUCCUUGUUAACAGCUAUAGCUAAUGUUUAAAACUGUCUGUAACGUCCCGGACUUCACAGAGCAGGCAAUGCAAAAGAAAUAGCUGUGCAUCCCCCCAGACGUCUAAUUAUAGGAGGGAAUGACGCCAAACAAGAGGCGUGGCCUUGGCAGGCUGGAAUCAUGGUGGCAGAUAACUUCAUAUGUGGCGGUACGCUUAUCGAGUACGACAUCGUCCUUACCGCUGCUCACUGCCUUCUUGGAAGAAGCAUCGAUGCGUACAAGGUGGUGUUAGGGGAAUAUGAUAGAUCUAUUUCCGAAGGCGUAGAACAAUUUAUAGAAGUUUCCGCAUUCAAAGUGCACCCAGAAUUCCAAGGAAAUUUUCUAGGUGGGUAUGAUGUGGCGUUACUGUAUUUGGCCAGGAAUGCUAGUGAGAAUCAAGGAGUCCAAACCAUUAAUAUUGCGGAACCGGAUGACUUGAUCUCGGCCAAAAAGUCCAAACACGGCUGUUUCAUUACCGGUUGGGGUGUGAAGAGUGUCGAACCAAACAGAAAAGAGCCUUGUCCUAAAUCAGGAAGAAGAGGCGAGGAACUGGCGGAUAAACUUCAAGAAGCUGAUAUAGAACUCAUAAGCAACAAGAAAUGCAACUCCAAACGCUACUGGAACGGACUGGUGAAGGUCACCAAUCUUUGUGCCUUUUACAAAGACACAGCAGCAUGCGAGGGCGACAGUGGGUCCCCUCUGGUAUGCUUGUGUGGCGGAUCCUACGUUUUAGUGGGCACCACAUCUUGGGGCUCUAGCACGUGCAGGAACUACCCCACCGUGUUUACAAACGUAUCCAAAGUCAGGAUUUGGGUCAAGACAAUGAUAAAGGCGCUGAGAGAUACGGACCAUUCUGAAACAAGCACGCCUUUUAUCUGAGAGUUCUAGUCUUUGUAGAACUUUGUAAAUGUUAUCAGGACCAUAACAUUUAUAACGGCAUGUAUCAAAGGGGACUUACAUGUAGCUGUCUGUUGUCCUGAUAUAUAACAUUUAUAACGGCAUGUAUCAAAGGGGACUUAGCUGUCUGUCAGUUUGUCACAAAAAAAUUAAUUCAAUAUGCCCCAUCUUAUACAUUUCAGUAAUAACAUGUCCAGUAUUUAAUUAUUUCAAACUUUUUUACACUCAAAACAGGCAUAUGAAUAGGGAAUUAUGGUAUAAUUAGAUUAUUAUUGUCUUGUAAGAUAAUAAUUCUUCCUUCCAUUUCUUUACACUGAAAGUGGU